CGAGCCCUCAGCCAUGGCAGCCCUGGCGGCUGGAGUAGUCAGGCAGCGUGCGGCCGCCGAAGGCCUUGGCUCCAGCCAGAAGGCCGUGAAGUACUUGGGCCAGGACUUCGAGGCCUUGAGGCGGCAGUGCUUGGACUCGGGGGUCCUGCUUAAGGACCCAGAGUUCCCAGCAUGCCCGUCAGCUUUGGGCUACAAGGAUCUCGGACCUUGCUCCCCCCAGACUCAAGGUGUUGUCUGGAAGCGGCCCACGGAAUUGUGCCCCAGCCCUCAGUUUAUCGUUGGAGGAGCCACGCGCACAGACAUCUGUCAGGGUGCCCUGGUUGACUGCUGGCUUCUGGCGGCCAUUGCCUCCCUCACCUUGAACCGAGAGCUGCUGCAUCGUGUGGUCCCCAGGGACCAGAGCUUCCAGGAGAACUACGCGGGAAUAUUUCAUUUUCAGUUCUGGCAAUAUGGAGAGUGGGUGGAGGUGGUCGUGGACGACAGGCUCCCCACCAAGGAUGGAAAGCUGCUCUUCCUGCAUUCCGAAGAAGGCAGUGAAUUCUGGAGCGCGCUGCUGGAGAAGGCCUAUGCCAAGCUCAACGGUUCUUAUGAGGCUCUCACUGGAGGGUCCACGGUGGAGGGGUUUGAGGAUUUCACAGGUGGCAUCUCUGAGUUUUAUAACCUGAAGAAGCCACCGGCCAAUCUGUUCCAGAUCAUCCGGAAGGCCCUCCGCUCGGGGUCUCUGCUGGCCUGCUCCAUUGACGUCUCCAGUGCGGCCGAAACAGAAGCCAUCACCAGCCAGAAGCUGGUUAAAGGUCACGCAUACUCUGUCACUGGAGUCGAAGAGGUGGAUUUCCAGGGCUGUCCAGAGAGGCUGAUCAGACUCCGGAACCCGUGGGGCGAAGUGGAGUGGAAGGGGGCCUGGAGCGACGAUGCACCGGAGUGGAAUUACAUAGACCCCAGGCAGAAAGAACAGCUGGACAAGAAAGCUGAGGAUGGAGAGUUUUGGAUGUCUUUUUCGGAUUUCUUGAGGCAGUUCUCUCGGCUGGAGAUCUGCAACCUGUCCCUGGACUCAUUGAGUAGCGAGGAGGUGCACAAAUGGAACCUGGUGCUGUUCAACGGGUGCUGGACUCGGGGCUCCACGGCUGGCGGCUGCCAGAACUACCCAGGUGGAAGCCUUCCUGUUGGCGGGAGAUCACUAAUGUCUACACAUACAGGCUCCUCCUAGGUCGAAUCACCUGAGGCCGCAGCAGAGGAAGAAACUCCGAAAAACAUCCCCACAUCUCUCAGGAGAAAUGAAAGAAAGCAAAACCCACCCUCUCCCCUCCCCUCCUCCCCAGGCUGCAUGCUCCCUCUUCUAGUUUGAUGUUGACCUUGUUGACGGACUCAGAUGUGUAGGCGCUGGGCCUCGUUC